AUGAUACCAACAACAAUAAUACUAAACAAUUUAAAAAUCAUAUCAUUCAUAUCAAUACUAAUAACAUUAACUUAUCUAAUCCCUAAAUUCAUAUCACCAGAAUUAAUAACUCAUAUACAAUUAAAUUAUAAAGUUAUAUUACUUUCUAAAAAAUUUUGUCAAAUUAGACCUGAUCAAUGUAAUUAUUUAAUUAAUGAAAAGUUAAGUGAUCCUGAAUUAUUGAAAAAAAGAUAUUUUGAAACUUAUGAAUUAUUAUAUAUUGUUAAUUCGCAUAUUUUAAAAAUUGAUGAAGUACUAAUUAAAUUUCUAUUAAAUAAAUAUAAUCCAUUUUUCCAUUUAUUAAAAUUAAUAACUUAUAUAAGAGGUAUUGAAAUAGAUCAUGAAAAUGCAAAAGAUAUAGUUCAUAUUUUAAUUGCUAUUUCAAAUACUAUGAUUUUCCAUUCUUUAAUGGGAAUGUUUGUUUCUAAAAUGUAUAUGUUUUUUGUAAUGGGAAUAAUUAUUACUGUGGUUGAUCCAUGGAAUAAAUUAACUGGACCAAUUUGGAAUGUUUUAAAAAGUUCAAAUAUUUUUUAA